AGCUUUCACUCCUCACUUUAUCCUCUCGUCUGCUCCAAGGAGCAGAUUCAUUUUGCAUUUGUCAAGUAAAACAGGAUGAAAACCAGUUUGUGCGUCGUUGUGCUCCCAUGUUCCUUCCUUCUGUUUCUUCUGUCAGGAGGCUCGUGUUCAGAUGCCGAGCACAGGCUCUUCUCUGUGAUAUUCUCCAGGUACAACCAGUACAUACGCCCAGUGGAGAAUGUGUCUGACCCAGUCAUUGUGCAGUUCGAGGUGUCCAUGUCACAGCUGGUCAAAGUGGAUGAAAUCAAUCAGAUCAUGGAGACCAAUCUGUGGCUGAGACAUGUCUGGAAUGAUUACAAACUGAGAUGGAAUCCAAAAGAUUUCGGAGGCGUGGAGUUUAUCCGUGUGCCAUCCAACAGGAUAUGGAAGCCAGACAUUGUGCUGUACAACAAUGCAGUUGGAGAUUUCCAGGUUGACGACAAAACAAAGGCCCUGCUCCGUUACAAUGGCGACGUCACCUGGAUCCCUCCAGCAAUUUUCAAGAGCUCCUGCAAGAUCGACGUCACGUAUUUCCCCUUCGACUACCAAAACUGCACCAUGAAAUUCGGCUCCUGGACCUACGACAAGGCCAAGAUCGAUCUGGUGCUGAUUGGCUCCACCAUCAACCUGAAGGACUUCUGGGAGAGCGGCGAGUGGACGAUCAUCGAUGCCCCUGGUUAUAAACACGACAUUAAGUACAACUGCUGCGAGGAAAUCUACACAGACAUCACUUAUUCUUUGUACAUCCGCCGGCUGCCUCUUUUCUAUACCGUCAACAUGAUAAUCCCCUGUCUGCUCAUCUCCUUCCUCACCGUGCUCGUCUUCUACCUGCCGUCUGAUUGUGGUGAGAAGAUCACCCUGUGCAUCUCCGUUCUACUUUCUUUAACCGUCUUCCUGCUGGUUAUUACUGAGACCAUCCCUUCCACAUCACUGGUCAUACCCUUGAUUGGCGAGUACCUCCUCUUCACCAUGAUCUUUGUCACCCUCUCUAUUGUCAUCACUGUUUUUGUCUUGAACGUCCACUACCGCACACCACAGACUCACACCAUGCCCUGCUGGGUGCGGCGUGUGUUCCUGGGACUGCUGCCCCGGGUGAUGUUCAUGACCAGGCCAGAGAGGGACCCUGAGAAGGUGGCAGUAGUCGACAGCGUCAACACAAUACAUGCCAGACCUUGCGCCAUUCAUUCGUCAGGCAGUCUGCAGAAACAGCAAAGGCCUCAGGCCCUUGCCUCCAGCCUGACCAACCGCCAGCGGCUUUUCAACAACACAGAGCUCUCCAACCUCAAUAACCUGAACGCAGACCCGGGAAAAGACGCAGGCUCUGGGUUAUUGUGCUACGAGGGCCGCUGCAACUGCUGCUGGCACCAGAGAUCCGGCAAACUGCCUACAGACUCUGGGGGAGGGGGCAGAGGACUGGAGUGCCUGGCAGCGCUGACAGGAGGCAAUGCUGGUUUGGUAGAGGGGAGUCAAUGCUCCAGCUCCGAGUCUCUGGACGUAGGAAUAUUGUCCCUUUUGCCGCUGUCUCCUGAGAUCAGGGAGGCCAUUGAGAGUGUCAAAUACAUAGCAGAGAACAUGAGACUGCAGAAUGAAGCAAAGGAGGUUCAGGAUGACUGGAAGUACGUUGCCAUGGUGAUCGACAGAAUCUUCCUGUGGGUUUUUGUCCUUGUGUGUAUCCUGGGAACAGCUGGACUCUUCCUCCAGCCUCUGUUACUCUUGGAGGACAUUUGAGUCACUUUGACAAAACUUCCAUCUUGAGAAUGUUGAACUGCACAGCAGCCGUUACUUAUACGAGUCUUGUCCAGCGGCUCAUAGAAGGAAAAGAGAGACUGGAUCCAAAAGUGGAAUAAAAAAAAAAUAUCACUUUGUCAGAUGCUCAAAUCCUGACGAACUGUUUAAAAAAAACAUUGCAAUUAAGUCAAUAUGUAAAAAACAAAUUUGCAGUAACUGGCGAGUUGAUAACCAACAAUCCUAAACUCGGAAGAAAUGUAGUGCCAAACUCAAAGACACGGUAUCUGAUUAUUAGUGACUGAUGUUUUGUCAAAAAGUGACAUCAUGUGGUCAUUCUUUGAAACUACAAGUGAGAAAAAAAUACUUUCUGGCUGUUUUAAAGGGACAUGUCACCCAUUUCAUCACAAACUCUAUUGUAACAUACUGUAAUAUCUGUAAUAUCAGUUGUAACAUUCACUGAAAGUUUACAAAUGAAACUUAAAAAGCUCAAAAUGCAUUUGAGAGCUGCUCUUUGGUCUUGUUCAGAUACCUCCUGGAUCUGAAUUAGAAAUGAAUGAAUUGUGACUAUAGAUUUGCUGAAAAUAUUUGAGGUUUAAAGAGACAUUUUAAGUAAAUGUACAUAAUUAACUCCUGUUGUAUCCACGUUUUUCUGUAAAUACAUUAACAUAGUUAAAGGCAGAGGACGAUUCAAUUGUAGAUUCUGAAAUAGUUCAGAGACCAAAGCUGUGGGAUGUAGUUGUCAUUCAAUGAGGUCAAUCAGGCUCUGUUAAUCAAUGUGUUUUACAGACUCUGAGCCCUCUCGGAGCUAACUCAGCUUAUUGGAUCACAGUCAAUACGGAGAGCGAGUGAUGAAAGAACUUAUCGUCUUCCUCUCCCGUCUUCAUCUGAACAAACUCUCUGGCCAAAACACAAUUUUCUAUGUGUACUAGACAGUGUGUGCUGCCUCUAUAACAUUAGCUCAGUGCAUAUACAUAAUCACAAGUCUGUUGACCACGAGUUUAUCCCAGAAGAGCAUUUCAACUAUUAUAUUUUAUUUAUUUAUUUCUGCAUUUGGUUUAUAUUAAUUCCAAAUUCUGUAAAGCGGCCUUGGGUAACUCGAAAGUCGCUAUAUAAAUCUAAUUUAUCAUUAUGAUUAUUAAUAAUUUAACGAGUCCAUACAGUAUCACAGCCUCCAUGUUACAAGCUACCAGAUACACUGAAUCUUUGCACUUCUGAGAGUCUAAGCACCCUGCAGGGGGCGCUGAUUGUCUGUACGUCACUUUUUGAUUCUUAUCAAAAAGCUAAAAAUCCAAGCAGGGGGCAAGCCGUGUGAUUGCAGGGAAAUCCAGCCCGUAUUUAAUUGAAAGGCAGCAGAGAACAGACAGAUAUGCUCUCUGUCACAUCUGAUAAGAAAGCCCCUGGCUAAUGAAUUAAAUUUUAGCUCACUCGAAAACUAGAGGUGGAGAUCUCCCAAACUGAUAGCUGUGAUGUAGACCCUCAAAUAAAUGAGUUUCUAAAGGUAUCGGUGAACAAACUCUGCUGGUUACAUCCUGCAAAAACUUCAAAUAAGAGGAAAGGGAACAAAACAUGUAAAAUAUGUCAAAUGAAAGCUUGUGUUCAGUGUGAUAUAUUUAAAAAUAAAUGCACACCUAUUUUGGAAAA